UUCUUCACUGGGUACAGACACUUCUACUCACUAGACUAUGGCAGAAAGAGUGAGGUCACACCUCCACACCGAAAGACGCUCCCCUCCCAGCAAUAGCUUGAUAAAGGCCACAGAUUCAUCUGUUAGAUGUGGGCAACAAGACAAUUUAUGGAGAUUAUCAGCAUCUGUCAGAUAGAUCGAAACUGUAGCUUUUGCUGAAUUUGCUUUGUUGACCUGGACAGAAUUACAGUUUAUUUUUGGACCGGGACCGCUGAAUAGGUCAAAAUGAUGUCAGAUGAGUAUUUGGUGGAGUGUAACAUCAACGACGACGACGACGAGGAUGACGAUGACGACGAUGAUGAUUAUGAUUAUGAUUAUGAAGUGAAGAAGAUCCACCCGUCUCCACCUCCUCCCCCACAGUUCUCCUCCACCCCGUCCCUCACUCAGUGUGACAUCAGGGACCCCUGCGGCCUGAACAAACACCUGAAGAUAGAGUUCAGCGACGUUGUGGCGGAGCCCGCGUCCACGCACAGCUACGACCGCGUGUGGGUGUACAGCGGCAUCGGCUUCGAGUCCUCGCGGCUCUGGGGCUACCGCUGCCUCACCACGCUCUGCGCGCUUCCGCUCUCGUGUCUCUGCGGCUGUCUCUUUGCCCUACUGGCCUGUAUGCACAUCUGGUGUGUGAUGCCUUGUGUUCAGGUGUUUCAUAGCUGCCUGCCCUGUGUGAGGUCACUGUGGAUGAGUGUGGUCAACAUCUUCAUCGCUCCUUUCUGCUCUUCUGUGGCUCGCUGUUGCAGUGGCAUAUACGUAGUGUUCUCUAAAGAGUGAAGGAACUCAAGGAGGAGUCUGAAGAAGCUCGGAAAACUGCUUUCCUCUCAAUUAAUGGAAUACCAAAAUAGUUUUUUUUUGUUAUGUAAAGCUGUGUUGAAAUAAUGAGACAUUCAAUGAAUAGGAAUACAUGUUGUUAAAUAGAUUUUUACAUGUUAUCAAAUAUAUAUGCAAUCAUUUAUAACAAAUUCUGCAUGGGUUUGUCAUAUACGAAAUUAAAAUUUUUCAUACAAUCUGCUGACAGGCCUA